AUGUCUUCAACGCGACGUUCACCGCGCCAACGCGACUUACAGGCCUUAGAUCUACGCACCUACGAUAUCGGAGCAGAACGGCAGCUGCCACAUGCGCAGUAUUCAGUUAAAGAUGCGCGCAUGUCAGCAACGCCGCGGCCGCGGCCUACAACUCCGAAGCAACAAUUGCAGCAGCCGAGGGCAGAAUCAAGACUUGGGAAAGGAAAUUCGAGUUCCGAGCAAAGCAUUAACAAAGGCCUUAGUCGCAGCCAGACUAUGAUCGACUUGCCAUCGCCGCGUGCCAAUCCAUUGAGGCUUUGUCCCGGUUACGAUCACUUUAGCGCUGAAGAGGAGGAAGUCAAGCAGUUUUAUCGAUCCCACGAUCCGAGCAUUGCAUUUGACGAACUUGAGCUAGAACCACCGCGUCCGACUAGUCGACAAACAGCUCGCCUUUGCGCUGGCGCGCCACACAAUAGCUCGCGUCCGCCUCGCAGUUCAAAUGUUUCGCCGAAUAAUUACAACAGCAGGUCUCCAGAUCAAAGCUCGCGUUUGCAAAAUUUUUCUUCAUUCUAUCCACCCGGUGCAAUGAGUGGGCCUGGUCAUGAUGCUACGGGCACUUCAUAUCCACCAUCACCUCGACGUCAUUCGUCUAUGGAGCAGUAUUCGAGCAUACCACCAAGGCCACAGUCAACUAUCUGCCCUUCUACGUCACCUUGGUUAAUGCCGGUGGCACAAUCAUCGCCUAUGAGACAGCCAACACCAACGCCAACAUCCAAUCGGGAUACUUCAAGCUUUCUAUAUGAGCCACCCAGACGUAACGAUUAUUCAUCGCGAACGCCCAUGAAUAGCACACGCUAUAGAGGUCUACCAGGGCAGCCCUUUAAGAUGCCGGGCCUAGCACCACAAGCAAUGGCUACGCAAUGGAUUACGCCACCAGGCAGGAUGCCAUUCCCAUUUUUACAACAAUCAUCGUUGGGCCAGCCUAGGGAUAAUAUUCUUGCCUGCCCAACAGAAAGUCCGAAUUUGCCUUGUGAGGGUGCCAAAAGCAAUGAGGACAAGUUUACAGCACCACCACCGCGUUGUAGGGAACUUGAUCCCGAAAUUAGGAAGAAACUAUCCAGCAAUUUGCCACCAUUCAAAAUACCACGCGGCUUGGAAGACGAUUUCGUUUGCAUUAAACGCCGCGAGCUGUGGGAGUCCUUAGUUAAAGAUCAAUAUUGCCCAGGCGCCAUACAAGCUACCAUCGAUGGCCAUGUAAACUUCAAUGCACUUGCCUACGAUAUUGUUUUUGGUGACUUUCGGCUGCCUGAUUGCUUGCCGCACUUAGAUCCGAUUUCCCUGCUCGAAGCGUUCUUUAUACGCAUCAAUUACGAACGCUGUCAAGUGAAAAAGUUGGAGGAAUUAACUUAUGCCAGUGCUGAUCCAGAUGAUGAACAAAAAACUCCACCAACAAGUGUUGACUGUUCCAUAAUUGAGAAGUGUUUUAAGCACAAACAUCCCACGGAGCUUAAUGCAGCGAUAGAGAAGCUUUUGAUAGCAGAAAAACUACAUGAUUUUGACAAACCAGAACCGGAAAUUCCAUUAAUGAAUUUGACAUUGGGUAAGUUAAGUACUGAUUUGCCUGGUACACCCAUAACCAUACAAGCCUUCAUGGGGACCACAAAACCGCGCGAUCCAAUUUGA